AUGAGUGAUUCAAUUACUGACAUUUUCAAAAGUCUUUAUCUUGACUCUAACGGGUUUGAAAAGUUAAAGAAAAUUGCCAUUGAAGAAGGGUUGAGUAAAGCAUUACGUCCACUUGCAUGGAAAAUUUUCUUAAAAGUAAUUAAACCACAAGCCAGUGAAGAAUGGAUUGAGACAAUGAAUAAACAACGAAAGAGUUAUGAUGAUUUAAGGGCAAUGCAUUGGGAAAAUAAAGAAAAAUUAGAACCAAAAGUUGCAUUUGUUGAUCCUUUGGCCCCACCCACAGAAGACCCAGAAAUUAAAUUUAAUAAGGACAUUCUUAGGAGAGUUGAGGCAGAUGUUAAUAGAUUAUUUUCUGAUCAAGAAUACUUUACUGACCCUCAAUUUAGAGAAAAAAUUACAAGAAUGUGUUACAUCUUUGCUAAGGAUCAUAAAGACAAAAAUUAUCAACAAGGAUUUCAUGAAAUUAUGGCGAUUAUAUAUCAUACAUUUGAUACUGAUAUUACUACUACUUUUAUCAAAGAACGCUCCGAACAAAUUAGUUUAGAAGAACCAAAUAAGUCUAUUUUAUUAGAAAUGUUUAACACAAAAUAUCUUGAGGAAGAUACAUACAUUACUUUCGAAUAUCUUAUGAAAGACCUUGGUGUAUUAUAUGAAUUCAGAGAUCUUAAACGAAGUGUGGCAGAUAAUAGUUCUAAAAUUCAAGAGAAAUGUGAAGCAAUAUUUGAUAAUUUAAAUCAAUACGAUAGUCAAUAUCAUUCAAUUUUAUUAAAACAUCAAGUAUUAAGUGUGUUUGGUAUUAAAUGGUUAAAAAUGAUGUUUGCAAGAGAAUUUUUACUAGCUGACUCUGUGAUAAUAUGGGACGCCAUAUUUGCUUAUGGUAGUUCGUUAAAGCUUUGUGAUGGAUUCUUUUUAGCGAUGUUGCACUACAUUCGAAAUGAUAUUGUGGAACAUGAUGAUUAUAUCUAUAUUAUGAAAAGAGUAACUAAAUUCCCACCUGUAGAAAAUCUUCAUAACUUAAUUAAAUUAGCAGUUAACAUUGCUGAAGGAAAUUAUCCAAUUGUUCCUAAACCUCAACAAAUACAACAACCAAAUAUUACCCAAAAAUUAACAUCCUUCUUACAUGGAAAAAAAGAUUCAUCUAGUCCUCGUCCUUACUCUUCUGUUAAUUCUUCUGGACCUAUUGGUACUAGGGCAUCACCUGCAACACUUGAAGCUGUUAAUUCAAAUGAAACACCAUCAUGGAUUGUUGAAUCACCAUGGGGAGAAACACCAAGUACAAAAAAAGCAAACAAAGAAAAGAAAACUAAUGAAGAGAGUUAUCAAUCCCAACAACAACACCAAGUAAUCUCUGACGUUAUUUCUAAAUUAAAUGAACAAUAUAAAAAAGAGCCAAUUGAUAAAGAAGCAAUCAAAUUGAUUAUAAGUGAGUUAAACCAAUUAAUUGAAAACUAA